GCAUUUUUUUAGCUUCUGCUUCAUCCUUUUCUUCUUCUUCUUCUUCUUCUUCUUCAAAUCCUUCUUCUCCUCUAUCUCGUCCUCCUCUUGUCGCUUCUCCUUGUUCCGCUUCUUACCCUCCUCUUCCUUCUCCUCCUCCUCCUCCUUCUCCUCCUCAUCCAUCAUCUCUUUUAUUCGUCAUCUGACGACUAAUAAACAAACAGAUCAAAAAUAAUG